ACGCGGACUUAGCAAAAUAGGUAAAAAAAAAACAGAAUGGAAUUCUUGCCGUUCAGUUUUCUAACUGAAUAAAUAAUAUGCAAACGCAAAAACCCAGUUGAUAUAUACAUAAAUAGUGCCUAAAAGGACUAAAAUUCCUUUCGAGCAAGUGCGAGUGCAAUAAAGAAAAAGGUGAGGCGGGUAGGUGGAACGCAAAUAGUGAAAAUAAAAAAAAAUUCAUCUCGCUGCUGUGUGUAAAUGCAAAUGAUAUGAUAUUUUCAUGCAACAACAAAAAGAACAACAAAAAACCAGCACAAACACAACAGUAGCAGCAGCAGCAGUAGCAACAGCAAAAGCAACAAAAGUGAACUUGUAUUCAAUGGACGUGUGCGCGAGAGGCGAAUAAAAGAAAAUUAGAUAAAAAAGCCAAAUGAAAUUAGCGCACGCCUGAAAUUCGAGUUUGGCGCAAGGUGAACCAAAAGGCGAAAAGCAAUCAAAACAGUUUCCAUUUGCUCUCGGUGUGCGUGCCGUUUUUCCUGCGAAAGAAAAACCACCUGCAUUGAUUUAUAGUUAAAGAAAAAAAGAGACGUAUCCGAACGGGAUGGGUCAGUGCAUUGCUGCCAUAAAGGCUGACUGAUAAAAAAAACCCCAGCCACUCACACACACACACACACACGCACGCCAACACCAGCGCACCCGCACCAAUACAGUGGCAGCCUGCUAUUGACGCAGCGGCAGCGGAAGGAGACGGAGAGCACAAAACGCACAAAAAAUUGUUCCCGGACGAACCGGAACGGACUGGCACUUCGCACAGGACUCCACGUCCACGAAAGAGAGAGAUUUAGAAAAAACUAUAGAGAUAUUCGUUUCGCGGAGAGAAAAAUUCCAAUGUCAAAUAAAAUCAACCCGAAACGCCGUGAACCGACAGCAGCCGCAGCAGCAGCAGGAGCACCCACGGCAGUGGCCACCAACACGAGCAGCUCGACCGGUUCCAGUGCCGGCAACACCUCCUCGGCCAACACAUCCUCAUCGUCCAGCUCCUCGCUGUCUUCCGCCGGUGGCGGUGAUGCGGGCAUGUCCGCCGACCUAACAUCGCUAUUCGAAUGCCCCGUUUGCUUUGACUAUGUGCUGCCCCCGAUCCUGCAAUGCUCAAGCGGGCACUUGGUGUGCGUCUCGUGCCGCUCCAAGCUCACCUGCUGCCCCACAUGCCGCGGUCCGCUGGCCAAUAUCCGUAACCUGGCCAUGGAGAAGGUUGCCUCGAACGUAAAGUUCCCGUGCAAGCAUUCGGGCUACGGGUGCACUGCCUCGCUUGUGUACACAGAGAAGACCGAACACGAGGAGACCUGCGAGUGUCGGCCCUACCUGUGCCCUUGCCCGGGGGCCUCCUGCAAAUGGCAGGGACCGCUCGACCUAGUCAUGCAGCACCUGAUGAUGUCCCACAAGAGCAUCACAACGCUGCAGGGCGAAGACAUUGUGUUUCUGGCCACCGACAUUAAUCUGCCCGGCGCUGUCGAUUGGGUGAUGAUGCAGUCCUGCUUCGGCCACCACUUCAUGCUCGUCCUCGAGAAGCAGGAGAAGUACGACGGACACCAGCAGUUCUUCGCUAUAGUCCAGCUGAUCGGCUCGCGCAAGGAGGCCGAGAACUUUGUGUACCGCCUCGAGCUGAACGGAAACCGCCGCCGCCUCACCUGGGAGGCAAUGCCGCGUUCCAUACACGAGGGCGUUGCCUCCGCCAUACACAAUUCGGAUUGCCUGGUGUUCGACACAUCGAUUGCGCAGCUCUUCGCCGACAAUGGGAAUCUGGGCAUCAAUGUGACCAUCUCUCUGGUCUAGGCAGCCGCGACUCGCCUCGCGUCCGUGAAUCGCCCAAUUAAAUUUUUUUUUUUAUUUCUGUUUAUUUACAUAUUUGUCGUAUAUAUAUAAAAUACCAUAUAGUUUAGCCCUUUGUUCGCAUCAUACGUCUAAUUCGUAGAUUCUUCAAAGUUUGAAUUGUAGAAAGAAACGAAAGAAAGAGGAAAAGAAGGAAGCAAGGGUGGAUAGUAGAGAGAUAAGCGGCGGCAAAAGCAGCAUUAGAAUCGUUUUAAAAACGAUUCUUCGUUCUAUAUGCACACCCUCAUAAUACACCACACCCCAUACAUACAAAUAUAUUUGCAUAUAAAUCUAUAUAGAUAUUUUUUUUGAACGUAAGAUUCGAAGUGGAAGGCAGAAAGAAGCCCAGCAAAAGGCAGAAAGUAGUGCUCCUCCCACUCGAUCGGUACUAGCUCUAGGAUUAAAUUGUUCAUAUAUUCCACACAUACACACACACACACACACACACACACACACACAACACACACAAACUAUUUGAAUGUUUUCAGAGUUCGAUCAUUUGGUUUUAAUUUGUCGUGGUGUUAUUUCUGCUUUUAGUUUAAUUUUAGUUGAUAAGCCGUCUCCGUCUGCGUCUGCAGCGGGCCACACCUGGAGCGGAGCUGCCUACGCGUGCCGAUUGUGCCCACCAGAUCCAAAAACCGCAACCACAACCACACCACCACCUACCUAACUACUAUAUCUACUACCACUGUAAUCCACUCAACACACAACACAGAACAGAACACACAACAAACACUCUGCAAAGUCUAGUUUAGUUAAUGUAAAUUAUUUUAUACAUACAAUAAUUGUAAAUGGUAAUAAUUUAAUCAGUUUAAACAAAAUUAACCACAGCAAAGAAAUCGCAUAGAUGAUAAUAACUCGAAAGUUGUUUGAGAUAUACACUCCCCGACACUUGAAUACGACACACUAAAAUAUACACUUCUUCAGGCACCAAUAUUUCCGGCACAAGCCAAAGUGUCGCAUUUUUUAAAGAACGGAAUUUGAGUUAUUUCAAUUCAAUUGUUUUCUUUAAUCUACUUUAAUGAAUAUUGCAAUUUUUUUUUUGAAUUUAUGGUAAAUUGAAUAGAGAUUUUAUGAGAAUUCAAAUUCACCGUUUUCUUUGGCUUGUGCCGGAAAUAUUGGUGCCUGAAGUGUACAUUUUUAGUGUGUCGUAUUCAAAUGUCGGGGAGUGUAUAGAGAGAGAGAGAGAGAGAGUCGAACAGUUUUUUUUUUGUCAAUGCCAAAUCCCCACUAACUAAUCAAAGGAAAUGUAACAUAUUGUUUGCAAUGCUAAAAGACAGUCCCUACCCUACCUCCCCUCCCCACAAUUACAAUCCCUAACAUUUCUGCCAGAUCCCACAGAGAUAGAAGUACCACCCCUAGUUUAGACGAUCUUCCCCUGGUCCGGCUCACAUUUUGUUUCAAUUUCUGUCUGGCCCAAAAUGGCAGAUGGAUGGAGAAUGUAAUGUGGAAUGAAUUAUAAGGCAUCUGCACCAUAUUUAGCUUUUAAUGCGCCGAUUUUACCGCGCCCCCUACCCCCUACCCCACACUACCAUACGAGAUCACAUACACAACAGAACUACAGAAAAGUGAAAUAAACGUGAUUAGUAAAAAGUA